AUGUUCGAGCCUGGUCUAACUAUGACAAUUUCAUCAGGAGUGAAAUUCAGCUUUAAAGAUGCACUCCGUCAUUUCAAGAAAAAUCGCAAAUAUUUACCUCGAGACAAUGACCUCAAGCAAUGUUUGAAAACUCAAUUUCGAAUUUAUUCGAGUUGCAUGGAAACUCUCAAGUUUGAUGCCUUUGAGUUCGUGAAGACCGGUUUUAGCGUGUCCCAAGAUAACUGCUGGGAAUUCGCUAUGGCUAUUCAGCAAAAACUCAAGCAAAUUACGAAUCAUACAGAAUACCUCCGUGCUGAGGUUAAGGCGGGGUAUCAACUCGAGAGUAUCACUAAUUGGGGUGGCCAGCUCGCUUACCGAAUACGCUACACCUUUCAUGCUUCUCGGAUCAGUACCCACACCUAUCGCCUCUGGCCUACUCACCACAAUCGAAUACAAUGA